AUGGAAACAGAACUAAAAGUCAAGGAAGAGAUAAAAAGAUUGCUCAAGGCAGGAUUCAUCAAACUAGCCAUUUUUGCUGAUUGGCUAGCCAAUAUUGUGCUGGUUCUGAAAAGGAAAACUUGGGCAGUUAGGAUCUGUGUGGAUUACAGGAAUCUGAAUGAAGCAUCUCCCAAGGAUGAAUAUCCUAAGUCAAUGGCAGAUAUGUUAGUAGAUAGAGUUGCUCAUAACCAAAUGUUAUCUUUUAUGGAUGACAAUGCAAGAUAUAAUCAGAUUAUGGUGGCAGAAGAAGACAUCCAUAAGACAGCCUUCAUGUGCCCAGGACAUAUAGGUGUUUUUGAAUACACUGUAAUGCCUUUUGGUUUAAGAAAUGCAGGAGCCACUUAUCAGAUAGCUAUGAAUUUUGUUUUCCAUGAUAUGAUAGGGCAUUCUCUAGAAGUGUAUAUAGAUGAUGUGGUGAUUAAAUUCCCAGAAGAAGGAGAUCAUGUGUCAAAUCUAAAGAGGGCAUUCCUAAGAAUGAGACAACGUAGGUUAAAAAUGAACCCCAAGAAAUGUGUUUUUGGAGUUCAAGCAGGAAAUUUCUUAGGUUUUUUGGUCCACCAAAGGGGCAUAAAGAUUGACAAAAAUAAAGCAAAAUCCAUCAUAGAAGCUUUACGACCCCGGAACCAAAAAGAACUGCAGAGUCUCCUAGGAAAAAUUAAUUUUCUUAGAAGAUUCAUAUCCAAUUAUGCAGGAAAAAUCCAGCCCUUCUCCUCCCUAUUAAGAUUAAAACAGGAACAUACGUUUAAGUGGGAGGAACAGCAUCAACAAGCUUUUGAGGAAAUCAAACAUUACCUAUCAAAUCCGCCAGUUAUGUCCCCACCGAAGAGAGGCAGACCACUCAAACUCUAUGUUUCUGCAUCAGAAGUGUCCAUUGGGAGUCUGUUAGUUCAAGAUAACAAGAAAGGGAAGGAAUAG